AUUUGCAUAUCAGAAACGGCGAGGGCAGCACUGGAGAGCGCGUGGUGAAUUUAUUAACAUUGUUUAACGUAACGCCUGGAUGUCAAAUCACAUGAAUAAGUUGCGUUGAAUCCUUCAUACUUGUUCUACGAGUCAACGAAAUAGAAAGUCGACGUUGUAUGAGAACCUUGUAAGAGAAAAUAUCGGUCACAUGACUACUCCGUGUCUCACCCUCACAUAACUUGAAUUACAUUCUACGUGUGUACACACACUCACGUAAUUAAUCAUAAAGUGCGGAUAGUUCUGUGUACGAAAGUGAAUAGUAGUAACCCUUAAUGGUUUUCAUUUUACAUUAGAGUUAUUAAGUGAAUGUAACUAUUCAAUCAAAGCAUUUAAGUCUGAUCUAGGAAAAUGGAUUAUAUAGGAGUCGUGCUAAUAAGCUUUGUUGGGUUGAUCGCCAUUUUACUUAUCAAACAGUUUUUUCUACGCGGACGUUUGAAAAGCGUUGAAAAUAAGCAUGUCGUGAUUACCGGCGGUUCUAGUGGGAUCGGAAAAUGUGUGGCACUAUCUGUCGCAAGACGUGGAGCUCAUGUAACCAUAAUUGCGCGGGAUAUCCGAAAGCUCGAGGCGGCGAAAUCCGAGAUAAUUCGAGCAUGCAAAAAUAAAGACACGCAAAAAGUGGAAUGUUUGUCCCUGGAUAUCAGGGAAAAUUAUGACCACAUAGAAAAAUCUUUACAUUAUCUAGAAAACACUAUAGGACCAAUAUACAUGUUAGUGAAUUGCGCGGGUACAGCAAUUUGCGGAAAAAUCGAAGACACUACCAUUGACAGUCUAACGCACAUGGUGAACCUUAAUUUAAUGGGUACUUAUUAUUGUACCAAGGCUAUCGUACCAAAGAUGAAGAGUGCAAAAGAAGGAAUUAUUGUUAUCACGUCAUCGCUCGCUGCCCUAGUUGGACUAUAUGGAUAUUCAGCCUAUUCUUGCACAAAGUUUGCUCUGCGUGGCUUAGCAGAAAGUGUAGCCAUGGAAUUGGCACCAUAUGGCGUUUCUGUUACUCUUUCGGUCCCUCCUGAUACCGAUACUCCUGGAUUCGCUGUAGAGGAAUUAAGUAAACCUGUUGAAACUCAACUUAUAACUCAAAGCAGUAAUCCUUAUAAACCAGAGUUAAUUGCCGAGCAACUCAUAGAUGAUGCUCUUGAGGGGAAAUUUUUUUCUACAGUUGGUUUUGAAGGUUUCAUGCUGACAACUUUAUGUGCCGGAAUGUCACCGUUAUCCUCGAUCAGCGAAAUGAUACUGCAAGUAAUGUUAAGCGGCCUACUUAAAAUUAUCGGUACCUGUUACCAAGUAUAUUUCCGGAUGGUGAUUGAAAACUGUAAACAAAAGCGAGAAAAGGAAAAGAAAUUCGAAUAACUCUGAAGAAAUAAUGAUAAGCACAAAAUGAUAUUCUGAUGUACAUCAAAAUUGAAUUACAAGUUCCUUUUCCUGUCUUACUUAAGUGGGUACAUAGAUUUCGUCGCUUCAUAGAUUUCUUAUUUUUGCACUUUUAAGUAUGAACAAUUGUUUCCAAUAUACCAAUGUGACUUACUGUAUAUUUGGUAUAUUAAAAAAGGAACCUCUUUAA